AUGACCGGCACAGCUCGCGGGGGCAGGGGCGGCGGGGCGGGGAUGGAGGAGAAGGGCGAGGCGGCGGGGCUGGGCUUCCUGGGGCUCGACAGGAUGAGCCUCCUGCUGCCGCUGCCGCUGCCGGAGAAGCUGUCGGCGAGGACGCUGCGGGCCCACCUGUGCAGCUACUCUCAACUGGCGCUGGGCGGCUGGCGCUGGCUGCUCCCGCUCUGGGUGCUCGUCUGGGUAGUCGCCUCCUGCUGGAUCCUCUGGUUCAUGAGCAACCAGGCCGUCGAGAAGCGCCGGGAGUCGCUCGCCAGCAUGUGCGACGAGCGCGCGCGCAUGCUGCAGGACCAGUUCAACGUCAGCAUGAACCACCUCCAGGCGCUCGCCAUCCUCGUCUCCACCUUCCACCACUCCAAGAGUCCGUCCGCCAUCGACCAGAUGACGUUCGCCAGGUACGCGGAGAGGACGGCGUUCGAGCGCCCGCUGACGAGCGGGGUAGCGUACGCGGUGCGGGUCACGCACGCUGAGCGGGAGCAGUUUGAGCGCCAGCAGGGGUGGAGCAUCAAGAAGAUGUACUCCUCCAAGAAGCAGUCGUCGCCUUCGCCGGGGCCGGGGGACGCCGAGGUGCGGGAGCCGGCCGAGGAGUACGCUCCCGUCAUCUUCGCGCAGGACGCCUACAAGCACGUCAUCUCCUUCGACAUGCUCUCCGGCAACGAGGACCGCGAAAACGUACUCAGAGCAAGAGAAUCUGGGAAGGGUGUUCUUACUGCUCCUUUUAAGCUGCUCAAUAAUCGCCUCGGAGUAAUCUUGACCUACACCGUGUACAAGACUGAGCUUCCCCCAAAUGCCAGGCCGCAAGAGCGCAUUCAGGCUGCUAUAGGCUAUUUAGGCGGCAUAUUUGACAUUGAAGCACUUGUUGAUAAGUUGCUUCACCAGCUCGCAGGCAAGCAAUCUAUCAUGGUGAACGUGUAUGAUACUACUAAUGAGAGGCCAAUCAGUAUGUACGGUUCGAAUGAUACUGGCAGUGGCAUGUACUAUAAGAGCACACUGAACUUUGGUGACCCAUCAAGGAAGCAUGAGAUGCACUGCAGGUUCAUGCAGAAGCCACCAUGGCCGUGGUUGGCAAUUACGUCAUCGUUUGGAACUCUUGUGAUUGCUUUACUGAUUGGAUACAUAUUUCAUGCUACUGUAAAACGGAUUGCCAAAGUUGAAGAUGACUUUCAAAAGAUGACUGAGCUCAAGAAGCGUGCAGAGGAUGCAGAUGUUGCCAAGUCACAGUUCUUGGCAACUGUUUCUCAUGAGAUCAGAACUCCAAUGAAUGGUGUUCUAGGGAUGCUCCAAAUGCUCAUGGAUACUGAUUUGGACACAACACAACAGGAUUAUGUUAGAACUGCGCAAGCUAGUGGAAAAGCGUUGGUUUCACUCAUAAAUGAGGUUCUUGAUCAGGCGAAGAUCGAGUCUGGUAAACUUGAGCUUGAGACGGUGCCUUUUGAUCUUAGAUCAGUUUGUGAUGACAUUUUAUCUCUCUUUUGCGGGAAAGCUCAGGAGAAAGGACUGGAGUUGGCAGUGUAUGUUUCUGAUCAAGUUCCAGAAACACUAAUCGGUGAUCCCGGCAGAAUAAGGCAGAUAAUUACAAAUCUUGUCGGGAACUCCAUAAAAUUCACAGAGAGAGGUCAUAUUUACUUGACAGUUCAUGUCAUUGAAGAGGUCAUGCCUUCUUUAGAUGUUGAGACAGGAAUUCAGUACGCAAAUACCUUAAGUGGCUACCCUGUGGUGAACAGGAAGCGCAGUUGGGAAAACUUUCGAUAUUUUAAUAGGGAACUGAACUCAUGUGAGAUGCCUUUUGCACCCGGGGCAUCUGACUCAGUAAGCUUGAUAAUAUCAGUUGAAGAUACUGGUGUUGGUAUUCCGUUUGAAGCUCAGUCCCGUGUCUUCACCCCUUUCAUGCAAGUAGGUCCGUCCAUUGCUCGCAUCCAUGGGGGCACUGGCAUUGGAUUGAGCAUCAGCAAAUGCUUGGUCGGUCUAAUGAAGGGAGAGAUUGGAUUUGCAAGUAAACCCCAAGUUGGUUCUACUUUCACCUUCACUGCAGUGCUUACGAGGGCCCGUUCUAGCGGAAAUGAAAAUAAACCAUCAGAAUUUAAAGAGAUCAGUGCAUUGGUGUUUGACCAUAGACUGGCUCGAGCCAAGGUUACCAAGUACCAUUUGCAGAGACUGGGAGUUCAGACUGAAUUGACAACUGAUCUAGAUCAGUAUAUUUCUAAAGUAAAUUGUGGAUUACGGGUUGCAAAGCUUGUGCUGAUUGACAAAGAAACCUGGCUGAAGGAAUCCCAUUCCAUGCCUAUGUUGGUUAGUAAAUUGAGGAACAAAGAUCAGCCAGACUCUCCGAAGUUAUUUCUUUUGGAGAACCCUAAAAGUUCUGUCAGGAACAGUUCACAUAUAUCCAGGGAAUUCCACUUGAAUGUAAUUAUGAAGCCACUUCGUGCGAGCAUGCUUCAGGUCUCUCUACAGAGAGCAAUGGGUGGGAUAGAUAAAGUCAACUGCAGGAAUGGAGUAGUUGGCAAUUCAACAUUGGGCAGCCUUCUUCACAAGAAGCAAAUCCUCGUGAUUGAUGACAACAUUGUAAAUCUCAAGGUUGCUGCAGGUGCUCUUAAGAAGUAUGGUGCAGAAGUAACUUGUGCUGACAGCGGGAAGAAAGCAAUCACACUGCUGAAACCUCCUCACUGUUUUGAUGCUUGUUUCAUGGACAUACAGAUGCCAGAAAUGGAUGGAUUUGAAGCCACGAAAAGGAUUAGAGUGAUGGAAAGAGAUCUCAAUGAGCAAAUAGAGCGCGGAGAAGUUCCGCUAGAAUGUGCAGACGUUCAGCGAUGGAGAACUCCAAUAUUGGCCAUGACGGCGGAUGUUAUCCAAGCAACGUAUGAAGAAUGCUUGAAAUCUGAAAUGGAUGGUUAUGUUUCCAAGCCAUUUGAGGGCGAGCAAUUGUACAGAGAAGUAGCCCGUUUUUUUCUAAAUCAAGACCAAGUUCAGUAGGUAGGCUCAUAUGGAGUGUAAAAUAGUGGAGGAUAUCACCAACUGUUCACCCGUCGAGGCACAGAGAAUUUUGUCAAAGAUUCCGUGUUCUCAAGAGUGGGCAGCAAUUUGCAGAGUUAGGGGCCCUGUUAAACGCUAGAAUGCUGGGAUGUGGCCUGCAGUUAGGUGGAAAGACUUCAGGCUGGAGAUGAAACCACCCAUGUUCAAUUCCAUUGUGCACCAUCGGACCAAGCUGCAAAACUGAGUGUACAAGCGACGCAUCCCAUUCCACCGACAAAUCCGGAGGAAGAGUAUAUGGCCAAAUCAAACUAGCAACCAUAUCCUCAAAAAUUUCACCUGAAAACAAAGCCACAAGCAAGGAGUAUAUUAAUACUCAGUAAGGCUUACCCGACUAGUGGUAUAUACUUAGCCGACUUCUAGAUAUGCAAAACUUUUGGCUGAGGGUUGUUUUUGCUAAAAAGCAUCUAAGAGUGAGUCCUUACUUUCAAGUUUUAGGAUCAAGCUCUAGUUGAUUAAGCAAUCUAGGUAAGCAACUAUCCAGAUCACGCAUGGUGGAAAUGAUUAAUUGAGCAUCUAACCAGAUUAAUCAUCAUCAUUGUUCCUCUUCUUUCUCUACGUGGUAAAAGGAUUAAGCAGUUUCAAUGCUGCGAGAAACAGACGAUUAAUGAAAUCAAGAUGCAUGUGCAGCAGUUUACUCGACAAUUUCUUGAAGUCAAGGCAUGUGAAAAAGUCCAGCAGCAUUCACUAACUGCAGAUGUCCUCUGCCGCUGUAAUAUAGCCGUAGGGAGAGAAAUUUUCGUUCCACUUUUUGCCCGGGAACUUACAGCUGUACAUAGUAGGUGUUAGUUGUUUGUGCAGGCAUUUAUUGGCAUUUUUGUAUGCAUCUUCUUCACGAUGUAUGGGGUCGAAACUGUAAAAUGUAAAUGACAUAUUCAAAGAUGGAGGUUUUGUUUGACGAAAACAUCGGUCGCCAUCGUCGUC